AUGAGUUAUCACAUCACACGGCGAUAUGGCUUCACAGCCCACAGGAGGCUUCUCAGCCCUCAGCUUCUCGUCGCGCAGUCGCAAAUCCUGCGCAUCAGUCGAGCUGUGCAUCAAUCAAGACUCCUUCGCAAUGACAAGAACACCAGACUCGCCGCCAAACGGCCGGCAUCCGUAAACGCAGCCCUCAAUCCUCCAGCUUCAACUCGGCCGCCACCGCUACUACCCGUUGAACCACAGGAGUCUACGAUCAAGUAUUACUUCCAGCUAGGCAAAUCUUAUGCCAAAUUCUUCGCUCAAGGCGUCAAGGCCGUUGUCGCAAAUUUCAGGCUGCUCAACGCCAAGGUCAAGAGCUUGCCGCGCGGAGAGCGGCCAUCCUGGUUUAAGCCGCACUAUAUUCCCAACUCAUUCUCUCGCGCGGAUUGGGUGCUGCUAUGGCGAACCAGGCAUGACCUUUUACGACUGCCCGCUUUUGCCUUGUUCUUCUUGAUUUGCGGCGAAUUCACGCCUAUCCUUGUUAUCUUUGUGCCCGGCAUAUUGCCGUACACAUGCCGAUUCCCAAAGGCACUCAACGAAGCCAUUGAGAAAGCCGAGCGGCGGCGUGCAAUUGCUUUCGACGAGCUGGAAAGCAAGCACCCUCAAGGCGCGCUCAGCCCUGGAGUCACAAAGGCCGUGGCGCACCGGCACGUUCUCAAGGCAUUGGAUCUCCCGGGGGCCAUGUGGGAUCGGCUGGGGUUCACUCCUCCGGGAAUGUGGAAUAUCAAGGGCAGACUGCGCUUGUCGUUCCUGGAAAUCGACGACAAACGACUGAUCGACGGCGAUGGCCCAUCGGGUCUCGAAGUGGAGGAGCUGCGCAUCGCCUGUUCUGACCGCGGCCUCAAUAUUCUGGGCAAGAGUGAGGCGGAGCUGAGGACCCGGCUUGGGGACUGGCUGCGAUUGACCGCGGCCGAAGAGCUGGGAGAGCGAAGGCGACGGAUGGCAACGCUGAUGCUGACAAGACCCGAGAACUGGCCGCAGCAGCGCAACUUUGCCGUUCCUGAGUGGGAGCUGUAA